AUGGACCCCAAAUCGCAAGCGAGCAGAACCUCCCGUCAUACUGUUCUUAGCGGAGCCACGCUUUACGACCACGACGAAGAAGCAGACGAAGAGGCGACUAGUCCGCCAAAAGAGCCCUCUUACGACAAGAAGCAAAGAAAAGUCGCUCGAGACAUCCACUCACUCAAAAGAAGAAUGCCCUGGAAUCUUCUGGGAGGGAAACUAUCAUCACCACUGCGUCAUUCGACCACCGAUGGAGACCGGAACUGGAGGCCUUACUCCGAGCCUCCCGUAGACGCCGCCAGUCAUCAAACCCACAGCGGUCUCCAUACAAGACUUGAAGAAAAUACACAUCGAGAAUCAAUGGCGCAGGCCAAAAGAGGUGAUAAGAUGCCUCGAAAACCAAAAAGUUCAAAUUAUGUCGCUUUCGUCGAAAACUACAAUGAACCCAAUCAGUCUUCAAUGUCUGAUGAUGAGACACCAUCAGAUUCAUCCUCGAACAGCCUCCAUCCGAGUGAUGCGGCUUCCGCACAACUGCAAUUGACGACCAUGGAAUUCAGCCAAAUCUCUAACCAUACCAAGCACAGCCGCAGCAUCAACGUUCGGAUCGAUCCCCGGUAUCCUCAGGACGUUACAAUCCACUCAGAGCUUAACGCUACUGACGAUCUGGAAGAAGAUCUGGAACAAUACUCAAGACUUGUGACCCUGGGGCGAUUCAAGGCUGCUCAGACACAAUUCGACCGUCGUCUGUUGCAUUUUGUUGACAAUCCUUACGUGUUGGAUCAGUACUGCGCAGGUCUUCGGGCAGCGUGUGAUUUUCAUGCACUCUCUCAAGUUGAGCAGAAGUUUGCACUGGAAAUCCGUCCUGGAACCCUCCGAACAAGUAUUUAUAUGCAUUUGGAUCAAGCGAGAAGUUACUGUGGACUAUAUGGCAACAUUGGCCUCGGCUGGACUCAACGGAAUGUAGCGAUUGCUGCAAUGUUUCAACGCGGCUUUCCCAACCCUUACCGACAUCAUGAACUCGCUCAAGUCUACCUGCACUUAAGAGACGAGGGCAGAAUUUGGGAGUUCAGAAAUCUACUGGCAAAUCUCCUGCAUUCCUAUCGGUAUUGCGUUUCCGGGGCUCUUGGUAUUUUACUUGCAGACAAUGGGGAGGAAACCGAUGAGCGUCUGAUUAAAAUGGUCGAAAGAAUCGAAGACGAUUGGGGGACAACCACGCCAAACGAAGAAUCAUCAUUUGCUCUACUGGACAUAUUCACGACACUAACCCUUUCCUCUAUGAAUGCGCGCACGAAUCCUACUACGGUCAAAACAAUUUUUGAAUUUUCCCAGAGUCAUGCUCUGGAGGUCGUUGGAAUACAAUCAACCAAUACGAAAACUCGACCAUAUCUUCGUUGGAUCAUAGCGAAAGUCUUGCUAGAACAAUAUGUUGAUCCGAAGAUCACCGGAGUUUUUGCCCUUGCGUCUCAUAUUAGAAAAAUACGGGGAUUACAGCAUGUGUUGGAUGUAAACCUGCCCUUGAGUGGCAUGGUUACUGUCGGAUUGGAAGUCCAAUUCGACCGCGGAUAAGGGCAAGAGCAUGGGCCACCUCGAGGUGGUACAACUAGACCGCGACUACCCAACC